CUAUAAUGUCACAAACUUUUCAAUUGAAUUAAGUGACGGAAAUAGAAAUGAAAAUAAAUGGAAAAACAAUCAGUUUAAUGAUUAUUUCAUUAAUGUGUUUCAAGCAUCGGAUGAUCUAAUAUCGACUGAACAAAGGAUCAAACUGUGCCUUAAAUAUCACCCGGAAUAUGAUUAUAAUAAAUUAAACGAAAGCGACAAAUCGGUCAUAAGGAAUCUGAUGAAUGAGUGUCGAGUGGAUUGUGUUGUAUUCAAUACAACCAGAAUUGUUUACACCUUUUAUUUUACUGAUGGACUUACGGCUUGUGAUCAGGGCAAAAGCCAACAACAGGCCCGACAACUGCUCCCAUAACUACCCCAACAGCUCCGACACCUUCGCCAACACCCGCACCCACCAAACCCACUACAUUAGACACUACAACUACUCCUACCACAGCUCCAACUACUGCCCCAACUACUGCCUCAACUAA